UAUACGCAGCCAGUUCUUCCGUGUAUAGCACGUCUUGCAUUGACCCCUGUGUGGCUGAUCAAUAAAUUUAAAUGAAAUUACGAAUUCAAACGUUUGAGAUAGACUGAACAAUUAACAUGUCUUCGGUUACCCUUCUUAGCUGGUCCCUAGUCUUCGUGUUGUGUAUCACAGGCUCCCUGUCCUUGGAAUGUUACUACUGUUCUCACAAGACAGGUGUCGGUGACGGCAAGGCGAAUGUCGUCGAGUCCUUGGUGACCGGGAAGGAGGUCCAAAACCGGCCAGAAUGCGGCGACGAAGAAUUUGAUUCCGACCUGGCUCCGACUGCGAAAUGUACUGGGAAGAUGGACCGCUGUUUGUUAAUGAGCUUCACCGGCCAGAGCGGUCCCUACCACAGCCGCGGUUGCGUCGCAUCAACGGAUCCUAGAUGUAUCCCAGGCUCCGACACCAAACCGAUAGAGAAGGACGUGACGAUCCACGGGUUUACGAUCACAAUCGCUCACAAAUGUUGCAGUACGGACAAGUGUAAUAAGGAUGUAGUGUAUCAGCCGAAGAGGAAGUGUAUGAAUUACUGAAUGGACAUCACAUCAGGCAAGACAAGAGGAACCUAAGUUUACUCUAAGAAUGAUGGCGAUUGCUCUCCUUCCUCAGACUGGCGACUGAACAUCACCGUGCACCUGACAAUGUAAAUAAACUGUAAAGAAAUGCCUGUGAGCCGUUUAAAGCUGCCCAUCUGUACGGUGGCCCAUAGAGGACAUGCGUUUAUUUUCAAUAUAUAAGAAUAUUUUUCUUUUUACAAUGCGUUUUUUUUCUCUCGAAUUACAACCGCCGUCGGAUUUAUUUCUCACCGCCGAAAAAAUAAUUCCCACCGCCGGGUUAAAAAUAAUAAUUCCCAACACCGCCAAGGAAAAUAAUAUCCACCGCGGUGGAAAUUAAUAUCCACCGCGGUGGAAAUAAUAUCCACCCGGUGUCAAUAACGAAUUAGCUCCCGCUCCGAUCUUUCUCAUGUUGUUACUCUCCUUGACCUGAUACUAUAGUCCAGCCACAAUCGUGGUUGUAAACAUAUUAUUUAUGAUAUUAUUCAUGAUAUUAAUUUCCACCGCGGUGGAAAUUAUUUUCCUUGGCGGUGGUGGGAAUUAUUAUUUUUAACCCGGCGGCGGGAAUUAUUUUUUCGGCGGUGAGAAAUAAAUCCGACGGCGGUUGUAAUUCGAGAGAAAAAAAACGCAUUGUAAAAAGAAAAAUAUUCUAAUAUAUUGAAAAUAAACGCAUGUCCUCUAUGGGCCACCGUACAUCUGUGAUCUCGAAUUCUUACUUGUCCUUGUCUGUCUCCGUUUAUGAAGACUGCUGGUCAAACGGCAAAAUCAGGCAGCACCAACCUACAUAAUUGUUUCACAAUACCUUUUAUUUUCAUUUAUCGUUAAAAUAAAAAAUAUACAAUGACACUCUUCAA